GAGCGUAUGGAACCGUGCACAAAGCAAUGCAUCUGCGCACAGGUGUCAAUGUGGCCAUCAAGAAGGUCCCGGCUGAUUCGGAUAUGGAGGCCAUUGUGAGAGAAAUAACGCACAUGCACAAGAUGGAGCACGAACGCGUGGUGAAGUACUACGGCAGCUAUUGGACUGAAGGCACACUCUGGAUCGUAAUGGAGCACUGUGCCGUUGGAUCGGUGAAUGACAUCAUGUCUCUGUGCCAGGUGACGCUAAGCGAAUCACAAAUCGGAUGCAUCCUCAGGGACGUUCUGAUUGGCUUAGAGUACUUGCACAAGCGCAACGUCAUACACCGGGAUCUCAAGGCGGCAAAUAUUCUGGUCACUUCGGACGGCGUUGCGAAACUGGCUGAUUUCGGAGUGUCGAGUCAACUCACCGACGAGCUGAUGAAACGCAACACGGUCAUUGGCACACCCUUCUGGAUGGCGCCUGAGGUUAUCCAAGAGGUUAGUAUUCCUUGA